CACACUGGCCUUAUCGAAAAAACAGGAAAAAAAUUGGAAAUUGUCGACCGAAAAUAAAAAACAGAAAAUAUGGCUCAACGCAAUCACCCCCGAGUCGAUCGAUUUGCUCAAAUGUCCAAGCAGGAGGAGAUAAUAGCGAAGAAGCGCCAGGAAAUACUCGAGAAGCAACGCACAGCCCAAUUGGCCAAGGCGGUGGCUGCAGCACAAAAUUUGCAGGCGCAACUCAAGACCACAGAAGCACCUCCUCUGAAGACACCCCCCGUUGCAGACGAAGAAGAGGUGGAGGAAGAGCCCCCGCUACCGGUGGACAUAACACUGUCCUCCAGCGCAGCUGCCCCAAUUGAUGAGGGCAAUGGCCUGGAGGCGGGGAGCAGCGAGACGGCAGCUGGAAAGGGCAAAGCUGAUGACGCGACUACGACCAAGAGUACGCUUAACAGCUUCACGAGCAAGACUGGUAAAAUCUCAUUUGGCCUGAAGCGCCAGCAGCUGCCACAGCCCAGUGUGGAGCAGCCGCCACCCAAAGUGCAGAACACGUUCUGCAAUGACGGUUCGUUUUUGGAGAACUUUAAGAAAAUUCUCGAGAAACAUGAGAAACCCCCGGCACCCAUUAUGAUAACCAAUCCAGCGCUCAGCAAUGAUGACAAUAACUCGGGUGGCGAGGACAACACUCCACAGAUGGACUCAAUGCCCAUUGCAAUCAGCAGUUCCGCUGGGAGCAUUGCUACCUCCAUGCCCUGCAGCAUUACUGUGACCAGCUCGGCAAGCAGUCAUCUGGCGUUUAGCAUGGCAGUGUCGGCACCGCCGCCACCACCAUUCAAUCCAUUCAAUCAGCCACUGAUGCAACAGGGACCACCGCAAAUGCAGACCAUGCAAAUGCCAACCUUCUUCCAUGGGCAUCUGCCCAUGCAGCUGCAUCCAGCUGCCGUUGCACCACCGCCGCCACCUCCACCCCCCCAGAUGCCCAUGGCUCUGGCCAAUAUGGGUCAAAUUUUCAUGCAACUUGGACCGGGGCCAGUUGAGAGCAUGCAACUGAAUGCCAUUCCGCCGCCGAAGGACUUUGACUUGAAUGCGAUACCAAAGCCUCAAGUGAAUCUAGAAGCCAUACAAAUACCCACCGUCGGUGGACAGCCGCCGGAGCAGCUUGGCCUCCUGCCGGAACAUAUGGUGGCUGCUGCGGCAGUUAAUUCUCACCCACCGCCUCCUCCGCCACCAUUGGAGCUGGACUUGGAAUUGGAACAGCAUCAGUUGCAGCAUGGAGGACCAGUUGCAACGCCGCCUCAGCCACACCAACAACUUCAGCAGCACCCACAUCCAGUGGUUGUAGAGCCACCACCAAGGCCACUGCCGCAAGUUUUUUCAGAAACGUGCAUACAAUUGCCAACGUGCUUAGAAAACCUAAUCGCACUGGUCGCGGAUAAUGGUGAAGAUUAUGAAGAUAAAAUACGUUUGCAUAGAAGCGAAUUGCAUCCGGCUUUGUGGUUUCUUUAUGAUAAGAACUGCGAGCAGUAUCGAAGCUAUCGAUCCCAACUCCUUGACUACGAGCGGCAGCGCAUUGAGCGACAACGGGAGCGGGAACAGCAACAGCAGCUGAGCAGGGAGCAUAAUCAGCAGAAGGAGGAGCAGCAGCAGCAGCCACCACACCAGGAAGAGCACAAUAGCAACUCGGCGGCGGAUAAAUACGACCCCGAGUCGGCCAUCAGUGCGGAUUUUGAUUCGGAUGAUGAGUAUAUGCGUGGGAUGAUGGAUCGCAAUCGAGACAACAUCAAGCGACGCAUCGAGUGCCGCAAUGAGCUGAGCGACGAGGAGCGUCGCGAGCGUGAGGAGGCGGCAGCCGCCGGAAUCGAUGGUGAGGAACUAGAUGACACCGAGGACAAGGAGUCUCAGCGGCAGCGGAGGAAGCGCGAGCGCAAGAGUCGCUGGGGCGAAAAGGAACAGCUGCUGCCAUGCUCAAGCUCCUCGGGCACCUUUGCCAAUCAGAACAAACCCUUGCUGUCCACCAUUACGCGCACAGAUCCCGCCCUGCUGCAGUAUGCCCGCCUUAACUAUGGCUCCACCCAGCUCACCGAUGAGCAGUGGAAGCAGUGCGAGGAACACUACAAGGUCAAUCUGUUGUAUCAGGACAUGAUGCGCAAGCGUCAGGAAAUCGAUCGCCUGGCACGUGGCGGAAAAUUCAAAUAUGAAUACGACUCCGAUGAGGACAUUGAGGGUGGCACAUGGGAGCACAAGCUGCGUAAUGCCGAAAUGGAGGCCACCUCGCUGUGGGCAAACGCUUUGACCAAACAGAGCGAGGGCAAGCAUCAUAUUGGUGAUUUCCUGCCGCCCGAGGAGCUCAAGAAGUUCAUGGAACAAUAUGAGGCCAAGAAGAACAACAGGCAGCCAGAUCUUAGCGACUACAAGGAGUACAAGCUCAAGGAGGACAAUAUUGGUUUUCAAAUGCUACAGAAACUGGGCUGGAAGGAGGGCCAAGGUCUGGGCCAGGAUGGUGCCGGUAUUGUAGAUCCCGUGAACAAGGCACCGCAGCGUGAUGGCAAUCAGGGACUUGGUGUCAGCAGUGCUGCCGCGCCAGAGGAUUGCGAUAAUGAAUAUGAUGCAUAUAGGAAGCGAAUGAUGUUGGCCUAUCGCUUUCGACCCAAUCCACUGAAUAAUCCACGGCGUGCAUAUUACUAGAGUCCAGCCAGUGAGCCCCCCAACCAUUACGCAGCACCCCACAUAUGUUUAGAAACAAAAAGUAAACUAUAACCCAUUCUCUGCAUUGGCUUUACGGUUCACUGACUUUGAA